UGCGCCCGCGGCGAGCUCCGCGCUUCUCCCGCCCGCCCCCUCCCCGCCCCGCCAGCCCUCUGCGGGACCGUGCCGCAGCGGCAGGAAGGCAAACCCCGCCCCGCGUGUGGCGCGGCUCGGCACGGCGCGGCUCGGCCGGGCUCACCCUCGCCAUUGUCUGUCUGCGCGGCGGUCCCUGCUGCGGGUGGCGGGAGGCGCGGCGGCUGGCCGCGAUGCUGGGAGGCUCCGCGCCCCCUCAGAGGCGGCAGCGGGAACGGGCUCCGGCCCCGGGGAGCAGCCACCCCGCCUGCUGAAGACUGAAACUUUGCGUUCCGCCGCCGCUCCCUCUCCUUCCCCCCCCCCCCCCCCCCCCCCCUCCGCCUUCCCGGCUCGCCCUUCUCCAUGCGCUGAGCGGCCGCGGGGCGCCCGCUCGGCCCCAUGGACGCCUUCAGCGCCGCCAAGGCCAAAAUGGGGGCGAAGAGCGGCGGCGAGGCGGCGGCGGUGGCGGGGCUGACCGCGCCUCAGCCCGCCGCGCCGGCUCCCAGUCCCGCCGGUCCCGGCUCGCCCGCCGCGCCCGAGCCCGCCGCCUACAAGCUGGAGGACCUGGAGACCCUGGCCACCGUGGGCACAGGUACAUUUGGACGUGUUCAUCUGGUGAAGGAAAAAAUGGCCAAACGUUACUUUGCACUGAAAGUAAUGAGCAUUCCUGAUGUCAUUCGACUGAAGCAAGAGCAACAUGUACACAAUGAAAAGUCAGUCUUGAAAGAAGUCAACCAUCCCUUUUUGAUCAGAUUAUUUUGGACGAACCAUGAUGAACGUUUUUUAUAUAUGUUAAUGGAAUAUGUGCCAGGAGGAGAACUUUUUAGUUACCUGCGCAACAUGGGGCGUUUCAACAACAGCACAGGACUGUUUUACUCUACGGAAAUUAUUUGUGCAAUAGAAUACCUGCACUCCAAAGAAAUAGUUUACAGAGACUUAAAACCUGAAAAUAUAUUGCUAGACAAAGAAGGACAUAUCAAGCUUACUGAUUUUGGAUUUGCUAAAAAACUGGUGGAUAGGACAUGGACGCUCUGUGGCACUCCUGAGUACCUUGCCCCAGAAGUUAUACAAAGCAAAGGCCAUGGAAGAGCUGUGGAUUGGUGGGCCCUAGGAAUUCUUAUAUUUGAGAUGUUGUCAGGGUUUCCUCCAUUUUUUGAUGACAAUCCAUUUGGUAUAUAUCAGAAGAUUCUUGCUGGCAAAAUAGAUUUCCCGAGGCAUUUGGAUUUGUAUGUAAAAGACCUUAUUAAGAAGCUGCUUGUGGUUGACAGGACAAGACGAUUAGGAAAUAUGAAGAAUGGAGCAGAUGAUGUGAAGAGACAUCGAUGGUUCAGGUCUAUAGAUUGGGAUGCUGUACCUCAAAGGAGACUAAAGCCUCCUAUAGUACCAAAAGUAUCCAGUGAUGGGGAUACUUCCAAUUUUGAAGCUUAUCCUGAAGAUGACUGGAACAAGACGCCUCCGGUACCCCCUAAAGAUCUAGAAAUUUUCAAGAACUUCUGAAUGUGACAUCUACACUGGGCAAGAAACUGGAAGGAAAUUGAAGUGCUAAGAGCAACUCUGAAGAAAAAUGGAGUUCAUACAUAAAUGAAGACUUCCUUUGUGGAUAAGAGUGAUACUGCAUUCAGAUAUGCAUAUUUAGUAUAUAAUAAAUAUCUAAAGAGUUGGAGGCAGGCAAGAAUAAUUUUUUGCUGUAAACAUUUGACACUAGUUUAGUAAAUUGUAAUAUCGAUAGUCUGCUUUGAAGUAGACUCACUAAAAUGGUAUAUUUUAGAAUUUUUUUUUUAACUUAUGCUUUAGUUAAGUUUCCUGCUAUUACGAGAUCCUUUUUGCCUAGAUAACUCAUAGACUUAAUUUUAUAAGUUCAUACUAAACUUGUGUAAUUAAAAGCACAAAUUAGUAUAUAUGUAUAUAAUGAAUACAAUACAACUAAAGCACAGGAACUGUGCAAAGAUGUAAAUUUUUGUACUUUGCAGAGUCUAUGAUUUUUAUUUUUCAAAUAAUGUUUUUCAAAAAGUUCUCUAGGAAUAAAAAUCUUAAAAGGAUAAAUGAGUUUUUCAUCAUCUUAUAUACAUUUUAUAAUUCUUUGUAAAAAAUAAAAUUAAUUAAGUUUUAAAAAAGAUUUGUACCUAAAUUUUCCAAUGCCUCACACUUGCAACCAUAGUACUUGAAAGCAGAAAGACAAGGGCAUGUCUUAUCGUUGAUUAAGAUGCAUCUUAAUGGCUAAUUUAUGAAGUUCUGUUACAGUGAUGUCUCUUUACAAACCAGAAUAUUGAGUGGUUAUACACUGUUUGAAAUGAGAUUCCUCACAUGAAGACUCUCUGUAAAAAUUGCAAUUCAGUGCGUACUGAUAAAAGGGCUCUAACUGGCUCUUAGAGGAGUUGUUCUCUCUCAAGCUUGCUGUCUUCUCCAAAUGUAAAGCAUGAGCCAUAACAGACAUUUUUCAUUAUUGAAAUAGUUGUUGUUGAAUGCUUGGCACUUCAGCAUAUCAGAGGGAAGACUGAGUUAUAUAUUAGAGGUGGAUUUUUCUGCUCCUGCUUUUGGAAAUGUCCUAAAGUCCCUGCUGCCAGGAAUUCUGUAUGUACAGAGUUCAGACCUUAGAUGUAAGGAGUCUCUUCCUUCAUCCCGUACUGACAUCUUUCUAGCAGCUUAAGUACACUGUAUUUAGGAAGUAUUUGCAAUACUGCUUCAUUUUAAGUAUGUGCAUAUGUAUGUAUCUAUGUAUAUGAAUAUACAAAAACAUGAAGGUAGAUUAUAUACAGGUCAGGAAGUUUUUUUUAGGGUUUUUUCAUGUUACGUGUUGUGAUACUUGUGUUAAUAGAGGGGAAUUGAUUUUGAAGUGCUUCGAUUUCAAAAAGUAAUUACAUCCUUUCAGAUGUUGUGGUUUUAGAUAACUUUUGGUGAAAUUAUGAUACUUAUACCAAAAAUAUUUUUUGAUCUGAAAUGCCGUAAGAAAUAUAGGCCAAAGAUUAAUUUUGCUAAACUAAAUCCUGAAUGUUUAUGAAUUAGGCAUUCUAGUAAUCACUAAUGAAAUUACCGUGUUUAUAAUUUUAUGACAGGUCUGCAGCUGGAGUCUCCUCAUGGAAAAGUGACCUCCUUUGUUUAGCUCUAAGCAGUACAGAAGCACUGUUGAGAACUUACAGUUUCUAGGGUAUUAGAUUUAUUUCUUCAUAAAGCAAGUCUAACUUUAAGAGAUUGCAUAACCCUUGCAAAAAAUGCCCAAUAUGUAACAAAAUCAAGAUACUUCAAAGUGGUAAUUCUGGAAUAUCACAGUCAUAUUUGUUAUGCAAAUGCCACAGGUUGAUGGCCCCAGCUGCCACACAGUAAAUGCUGUGUAGGAAUGUAUAAUGAAAUACAGGAAAAUCCAUGGAAAAUGAUCAUUUUAACUUGGUAAAAAUAUCUUAUCCUCUUGAAAAAAUGAAUCUGGUCCACUGUAUUUGUAUCUGUGGAAUUAGCUAUUCCAAAUCAAUCAGAAAAACUCAAGCACAUAAAACACAGCUUACUUUGUCUAAGGGGAGCAAGCACAGUCCAGGGUUUUUUUUGAUGUGUAAGCUUACAGUGUUUUGUGGAAUCUGAGUACUACAAAACCAACUUCUUCUUAAAUAUGUACAUACUGCAACAAGCAAGUGUGCUAAUUUUUUUUUUUUCUCCAAAUUUAAAAACUGCACUGUGUUUAAGUCUUCAAAGCUGAGGAAAUUAAGUUGCAUUUGACCAAUGUGCCACAUUGGUGGUUACAAGUUUUGAAUGCUUGAACAGCAUGCUUGAGAUGGUGGCUUUUCUUUUUAUCAAUCUUAUCCAUUGCUGGCAGUGGAUGCACUGACACUCAUGAUAGAGACUAAAGAAACUAAUACAGUCUUACUAAUAAUGCUAAUCCAUUGACUUUACGUUGUUCCCAGAGCCAUGUGUACAUAUGCCUAACUACUGACCUCGUCAACAUGCUUUCUAGUACAAAAAUGCUUUCAAAUUUUUUUAAAUUAAAAUCCUUACCUAAAAAACAAAAACCAAAACAUUUUUGAAGCAUUAUUUUAAAUGAUCAGUUAUUUUUCUCUACAGUCUUGAACUUAAUGAGCUGUUAUUACCUGCCCAUUUUAUUUAUUUGCACAAAUGAGUCUGGUUUAUUUUAAGUCUUUGCUGGCACUUCAUGGCCCAUUAAUUUAGUUCUGUCUGAGUGCUCACGCAGAAGUCCCCGGAUAUACACUGCACUAAGGACUCUGGAUUUAUGGGUUUUUUUAAAGCAGAUUAGUACACUUUUUCAAUUUCUAUUCAAGUAUGGUAUUCUCUGAAGUUCAUUUUAUUUUGGUUGCUUCUGUUAACAUGUGGUUUUGCGUAUAGACUGUUGCAUAAGGACUGUUCUCUUCCAAGAGCUCAUAGGCCUUUGGUAUUCUGCUUCGGUGAACAAGAAUGUUAAACAUUAAAAAACAACCUUUAUUUUUGAGUUUUAUAUAUAUAUAUUUUUAAUUGCCCAAUUUGAGGUUUUAAGUGAUAAAACAUGCAUUGCAAACUCAAUUGCCUUGUAACCAAAUGAUAUAAAUGCUUCAUGAUUUCAAUGGAGAACAUGCUGUAGAUUUUCCUGUAAAUUAGCUUGAUCAAUGAAUAUGUGUGCUACUGAGCUUUAACUAAUGUGAUCUUCCACUGUAGAAAGUCAUUGUUAAUGGAUCAAAUAUAGGUACUAAAAUACGUUUAAAUGGAUGAACAGGGAUUUUGCAGUUUUGAAAGCAAUUAAGAUACGGCUGUUCCUCAGCCCAUCUGCUUGCCAUUCAGAAGAAUUGUGAUGCAGUGCUUCCUAUGCUAUAGAAUUCUUUUUCAGCUUUCAAUGACUGUAGCAUGAUUCCUUUUUGUACUGUACUGUGUACAGACUUUCCAUGUUUUGCACUUUUCUAUGGCAAACCUUGACUGCUUUAUAAAUACUCUGUUGUGUAGUAAAUAGUGGUAGUGGUAGCAGGCAUUUGUGUACUGCAUAAUAGGUUUGAACUGCUAGACUUGCGAGGCUAACUUGGAAUAAUGUUGUAUGUUGCUGGUUGCUUGUUGUAGCUCACGUAUAAGUACUGUUCAAAGUUACAAAGUCAGCCCUCAUUGCACAAUGAAAAUCACUGUGAUCUGUACAUAAACCCUAUUAAAAUUUUAUUGCUGUUUAAUUUAUGUAAUAUCUGUCAAAUCUGGAUUCAUUUAAUAAACCUUUAUAUCUUUUUAAA